AUGUCCUUAACAUUCACUGUCAUGAUGAUGAUGCUUCUGGGAUCUUCAGUGGUGAUUGCAUUUGUUUUGCAGCCAUCCAAGGAAAAUCCUGCAACUUCUGCUACCUCUGCUGUUUCCCAUCACAGGUGCCAGGGUGAAUCAUUGCAGUCCAUCAGGAAGGGUCUCCUCGGGGGUCUCAACUUACAGGCUGAGCCACUGCUGCCUGCAGGUGGGCUGGACAGUAUCAGAAAGCAAUGGAAGAGCUCCUUCAGUACCAUUGCACAAAGUGCCCUGGACACUGCAUUCCCAGCAGUGUCUGGCUACUCUGUGUCACCUGAUUGUGGAAACAGUACAAGCAUGAAGUGCUGUUCCAUGGCCUCAGAAAUCUUCAUGAAAGAUCUGGGCUGGGACAGCUGGGUGGUCCAUCCUGCUAGUCUUACCAUCGUUCAGUGUGCACUGUGCAACCCUGAUGUGAGCCCUGUGCAGUGUCCAUCAUCCCACACCAAUGUCCUGGAUCCUGACUCACAGGUCCAGAUGCCAUUUUGUCAGCCCACCUCCCAGGAAAUGGUGCCCAUCGUCUAUGUGGACCAAUACAGCACCCUCGUCAUUUCAUCCGUACAAUUGACCCGGAGCUGCAGCUGUGGACCUGGCAACAUCCAGCAGCCCAGCGCAGAGUAA